GUCGCUUGGUGACUUUUUAGAAAUUAAGUUAUUUAUGACAAUACUGUAUUGAUAUUUUUGAAAAAGUAAUAAAGUAAUUCCAAAGAAAAGUAGGCCAUGGUAUAUUAAUGGUUUACUUAUCACCUAUAAAUGUCUGGAAUUGAAACUUGGAUUUCGUUGUGAAUAGAAGAAUCUUAUGAGUUCUAAAUUAAGUCUGUGUUCCUGUACAUAAAAAUAAAUUUAAAUUAAUAAAAUGAACGUUAGAUACAAGACUUUUAUCGCCCUUAUCGCUGUUAUACUGUCAAGAUUUGGUUCAAUGUCUCUGGCUGCACAAGAAAAUAUAAUCCUAGGUGUUCAAACAACUAUUAAUUCUUCAUCUCAGUUUCUUGAAGUAACAGACACUGGUCAGCAUCAUAGGCCUACGGAUGAAAACAUAAACCCAAAGGAAAAUGUUAUACAGGAAGAGAAAGUGGUAGAAGAGAUCCGCUCUAGUUUUGAAGACUUGUCUAUUGCUGAGGAAAGAACCAAAAUUAAAGAAGAACCACACGCUGCACCAACACUGCAAUUCCAACAUCAGCAUGCCAAUAUCGCAACUGAAGAGGCUGUGUGUGUGUGUGUGACGUGGACCAAUAGGUCUAGAGUGAGAGAGAGUAACACUGGCACAGUCACAGUGUGGUGUGUGGUGGUGAGUGUGUAG